CUCUUUCUUCAGUCUCCUAGUCAGUAGUCAGCCACAGCUGAGAGAAACCGUAUUCUCCGAUCAACCAAUCGGCCUGCCAAUGCAGUAUCGCUUUUGCCACAUUACAGGUGGGAUUGAGUUGGUGCAACGAAGGGUAAAUUGUACAUUGGCUUGAUUUUCUUUGGGAGUGAUAUAGACCAAGGUGCUUCUUUGAAAUUUGAUCAUGAUAGACAUGACAUGGCUUAGUGCGGUCUUGCUUGGAGCAGGCUGCCUUGCUCUUGGGUAUCUUAUUGGUGCACGUCAUUCUGCUCGAAUUUUCCUUUCAACCAGAGCUUCUGGAGAGGCUAACAUAGUUGUUGAUGGGAAGAAGAAAAAGGGGGCCAAACAACCUCUUGAGGUUGAAAAACUUGCUGACAUUCUCGAGGACUUCAAAAUGGUUUUGGUUGUAAGAAACGACUUAAAGAUGGGUAAAGGAAAGAUUGCUGCGCAAUGCAGCCAUGCAACUUUGGGUCUCUACAAGAAGCUUUAUAAUCGGGCUCCAAAAGCUCUGGGCAGGUGGGAGAUGUGUGGACAGGUUAAGGUGGUUGUCAAAAUUGAAAGUGAAGAUGAUAUGCUGGUUUUACAAGAAAGGGCUAAGUCAAUUAACAUACCAACACAUAUAACCAUUGAUGCUGGGAGAACACAGAUUGCACCAAACUCGAGGACAGUGAUGGCAAUUCUUGGACCGGCAGAAAUGGUUGAUGAUGUUACCGGUGGACUCAAGCUUUUGUAGUGGCUGUUUUUAGUUUUUACCUGGAUGGGCUUAUGCUGCGGCAAUGGUUUCUUCUGCGAACAUUGUAUGAAAGAAUCUGGAAAUUCAUUGCGAACUUUCACUGUUGAUGAUGGCGAAAGAUUUCAAAUUUGGGGCUGUUGAGUUGUAUUCCUUUUAAGCUAAUAUAUACUCUAAGUAGGGAUAACUUCUAUAUUGGCAUUUCUGUGGUGGCCUCCUUUAACUUGUUAUUCUGUAGGAAUAUAUUCAUGUAUAAGUACAGCAUAACUUUAAUUUGUAGUUUUGAAACAUUAGAAUGAAAAUUUCCUGUUUGCUAUUUA